UGCGCAAAAGCUUGAAUUUUUUCAUCAGAAAGGGAAGAAAAAGUCUUCCACAUUAGCUUUUGCGACAGGAAUUUGUUUUCUUUUUUGCUGUUUUAAUUUUGGGCAAAGGGAAGCAGGCAAAGGUUUCAAAGGAACUAAAAUGCAGCGGGAAAGACAACAAGAGCAAGUUGAACACGACGAGUCGAUGGAAGAAAAUGUGGGACCAUUGCCCAUCAACAAACUUGAGGUAACACUAUUAGAUAAAACUAAUGUACUGCACCAAAAGAGGGAAGACUAUAUCUUCUAUCUUUUAAGGAUAAAAGUUUGAAUAGAAAAUUAAGGCAGAAGGAAACUGUACUUACUGCGUAUCAAUUUUUCUUAUUCAAGAACCGUGUUGCAUAAUUAAGCAUACUGAUAAUUAACAAAACAUCCAAGGUACUUUCUUGCAGCCAGAGGCAAAUAAGAAUGUCUGCUCUGUCACCUGGCUGAAUGCUCAAACACUGUUGCAAAAAAAUGGUUUUCCAAUAGUGUUAGAACGUGAAAAGAUGAUUUAUCUUUACUGAAUGCUGGAUGUGUAGGCAGCAGCAAUGGCGAUGCUUGAACGAGCAAAUUUUUGUAUUGAUAAUUGGGUUGUAUAUUUACAGCAGCGUCAUAAGCCAGGGUUAAAGAUUCAGAAGAGCAGUCAUGGUUUUAAUUAUCAUGAAAGGCACCCUUGUAAACAAAGCCUUUAACUGCUGGUCUUCUUGAAGGAAUAAAAAUGGAAUGUCUCUCUGCCACACAGUCUCCCUUAGCCAUCGCUGGAUUCUAACAAGUUUUAGUAAUUUCUGCUUUAUUUUAUUUGACAUCAGGAGCAUGGAAUUAGUGCUACAGAUGUAAAAAAGUUACAAGAAGCAGGUUUCCAUACCAUAGAGUCAGUAGCUUAUACCCCGAAAAAAGCCCUGCUCGCUAUAAAAGGAAUAAGCGAGGCAAAAGCAGAUAAAGUGCUCAAUGAAUCUUUUAAACUUGUACCGAUGGGGUUCACUACUGCCACUGAAUUCCACACACGACGAAAAGAACUGCUCAUGGUUACAACAGGCUCAAAAGAGUUGGAUAAACUUAUGCAAGGUAAGAUGUUUUCAUAUCUUAGUAAAAGUAAUAUACAUUUAACACUUUUGAAACAUCAAAACACAGUACAGGGUGUCUGAUACCUUAGUUGAGAAAUAGGUUGACAAGCAAUGUUAUUGAAUGAAAAUUAGUAUACAAGUAGCUUGGGACAUCUCAUUGCUCCAAGCUGCCAACAAUGUGGAAAGUCCCAAUAGUUGUAGUUAGUGAGAGCGAUGGCAGGUGACUACAUUGUACAUGUAUGCUUGUAAGCUACAUAAAAUCCACGACCUCCUUUGACAAUUAUUUUGAUAAUCAUUGUACUGUGCUAGGUAUUCUGUUGAAGAAAUAAUACUUACUGGAGAUAUGUAAAAGAAACCAUCUCCCAGAGAACAGAGCUGUGCUCUAGCAUUUCCCAGUGGCCCAUCAGAGUGAGAUGAAAAUUUAAAAAAAUUACUGCUUGCCUUUCAGAAAAGCUGUGCUAAAGUUUCCUAGCCCUGGAGCCAUGCAGCUGGCCUACCAGUCCCCCUUUUCACUGACAUUUAAUUUUUCUAGGCAAAGGUUGCUUGCUUGUUGAGCUACUUGAAAUAAAAGCCUAGCCUUCAGGACAGGUUGCUCCCUAGCCCUAGGCUAUCAGACAGCACUUCCAACAUGCUCUGCCCAUGCUGACUCUUUUUUUGCCCUUUGUGACAAUAAAAUUCUUACUUAAUAAUGUAUGGAUUUGAUCUGCAGGUGGCAUUGAAACAGGAAGCAUAACAGAAAUUUUUGGAGAGUUUCGUACUGGAAAAACACAGCUCUGUCAUACUAUGGCAGUAACGUGCCAGGUAUAACAUUUUUAAGGUUAACAGUGACAUACAUGUACAUUUCAGCUGUUACCAUGGAAGGAAGGUUGCAAUACGCCUUACGAUUAUUCUAACUAAUUGUAUGAGCAUCUUUGGAAGAUUAACAAUAACCUUGAACAGAAGCAUAUAUGUUUCUGCCUUUAAUAAACAUCUUGUGAUCGGCUCUAGAAGAUAAUAUACAUGUACAUGUAAUACCUCAGGUAAAGUAGCCUACGUGUAGUCACACCCUCCCCCCGACAAAGGAAAAACAGAGAGAUUGAGCAUCUUUGUUGGGGGGAGGGUGCGGCUACACGUAGGCUAUAGGUAUUUGCUAUGAGGUGUGGGAUAUGCUGGUCUGUGAUGUCAUCUAAAAUGUUUUGUUCUUGCCUUGCUUGUAUUGAAUAGAAAAGUGCAUAAAAAUGGCACUUUUAGGACUGGCAUUUAAGAUUAUUUUUGAACAGAAACUGAAAAAAAAUCCAUUUAAAUGGCCAGUCACAUUGUCGUACUAUGUACUGCACGUGAUUGUAUUCUCGUAAUCAUAAGCAACCAAAUUUUUUUAUUAUGACAAAGGUUUUCUAUUUUGUUUAUGAAGGAAUGCAGUUAUUUAGAAAUAAUAUUUCUUUGAAAUAUCAGAGGAAUAUACCUCAAUAAGGCAAUUAGCAAACAAGAACACAUCCUUGUAUAAUUGCAAUAUUAUUUUGUAUUUGAUUUUGUAGCUUCCUGUUGAGUAUGGUGGAGCAGAGGGUAAAUGUAUGUAUAUUGACACGGAAGGAACAUUCAGACCUGAGAGACUGGUAGCUGUGGCUGAUAGGUAACAAUAUACAGUAGACUGAAAAAUACAUCAUUCUAAAUACACUGUACAGUCAACUCUUGCCUUGUAGACACCCCGCUAUAACUGACAACUCAAUAAAACAGACAGCAGCUAAAUCCCCGGCGAAGAGAAAUAAUUUAUUACAGACCUUCGAAUGGAAUAAACUCCUGCUAUUAUGAACUCUCACUGAUGAGACCACUAUCUUGAGGGUCCCUACAGUGUCGGCAAUAAAGGGAGUUGACUGUAUGUAGAACUUUAUAGUGAUUUUACAGUUACUGUAUUAUUCUUAAAUGAAGGAUGAUCAUGGCAGUUAUAUAUGCAACUUUUGCAGUUGCGAAAAGAAAGCCUGAAAAAAAAUUCAGGUUUGUACGGGAUUCGAACCCUUGACCUCUGUACCGGUGCAGUGCUCUAGGGUUAAGGGUUCGAAUCCUGUACAAGCCUGAAUUUUUUUCAGGCGUUCUUUUGGCAACUGCAAAAGUUGCAUAUGUAACUACGAUGAUCAUCCUUCAUUUAAUUCUUCUCUCUGCAGUUCACAUAUAUGAUUUAUAUACAGCUAUUUCGAGAAAGGUUGUCGGAUAAAGCGCACGCGACAACCCCGAAAGGUAUUGUGGGUGGUUUUGAGUGCACUGUUUUUCAAGGAAAUUUGAAAGAAGGGCACGAGAGGCCAUGGACAUAUGUCUGCGAGUGCUAAAGGAAAGCAACAAAAGUAGGUUCGACAGCUGCAGUGUCAGGAACAGUGUAUUGAACAUAUCCCAAAUUACCUUUCGGGAUUGUCCCGUGCACAUUUUUUCCGACAACUUUUCUCGAAAUAGAUGUAUAUUCAAAACAUGUACUAAAUAAAGAACAUCCCCUAAACUACAAUAUCAUAUAAAUCCAGACAUGUACAGAGUGUUUGUGCAUGCAUUGACUUAUACAUACAACAAUGAUAAUAAAUAGUAGGGACUCUGUAAUGAUUGUUUUUGUCUUACUCACUGUCCGUCAGGUAUGGGUUGAGAGGUGAAGAAGUGCUUGACAAUGUAGCAUAUGCCCGAGCCUAUAAUUCAGACCACCAAUCACAGCUAUUGCUAACUGCAGCCGCCAUGUUGUCCGAGUCAAGGUACUGUACAUUAUCCGAAUGUAUUGAUCAAUAUAAUAAUUUAAUAGUACUCGCAUAAUAACAUAUUAUUACUCUUAAUAAUAAUAAUAAUAAUACAAUAUUUAUAGAGCACUAAUUCCCAAUGGUCCAAAAGCGCUUUAAAUGAUAGGUAAUAAUAACUGUUUUAUAAUAUUGUUGAGUUCCGACUUUCUAAAUUGCAUUUAAGUGCAUAAUUUCAUAAUACAAUAUAUUUAGUGAAAUCAUAAUACAUUUGUACAAGAUCAAUAAAAGGGUAAUAUUUAAAUAUAAUAAUUAAAAUGUAGUCGUAAUUAUAAUGUCUUCUCAUGUAUAUAUGAAUAAAAAUGUCACUAUUUGUAAGAUUAUAGUUAUUAUUAAGUUUUAAUACACUAUUGGCAUUAUUGUAAUGUAAUUUAAAAAAAAAAAUGGUGUAAACCAGGUGCCAACAAAAAGCCUGAAUUGUAUCAAUCACAGUAACUCACUAAAAUUAAUGACAAGUUAGGGAUACAGUUACAGGGGAUUAUCUGACCUAGUCCUAUCCAACAGGUUUUGGCAGUGGCUGUGUUAACCACUAUAUAUAUGAUAUUGUUCCAUCUUGUCAGAUAUGCUCUCUUGAUAGUGGACAGUGCAACAGCAUUAUAUCGCACAGACUACUCAGGAAGAGGAGAACUCUCAGCUCGUCAGAUGCACCUUGCACGGUUUUUGAGGACCCUUCUUAAACUUGCAGAUGAGGUAAGAAGCGGUAAAGACUUGGCUGAUAAAAUACAAUACGUUAAUCUUAAAUCUUAAAUGCAAUCUGAUUUGGGUGAAUACCUGCAUGUAUGCUUACUAAAAUACAUUAUGUACCUGUUAGCUGUACAUUGUAUUCAUUUCCUCUUCCAUCGUCAAAUAAUUUCCAAUGCAGCUUGUUCAGUUUAUGCUACAGGGUAUAAUCAUCUCAUGCACAGUUAUGACAGUGGGUCAUUACAUGAUCUUAGACCAACUAGAACAUGCAGGUUGCCUUUAAUAAUCGCCCGCAUAAUAUCCAAAAAAAAUUUCAUGGACUAAAGAACAUAAACUAAAAAUUCACUUUUUGGUCAGUUUGGUGUUGCUGUAGUUAUAACAAACCAAGUGGUAGCUCAGGUGGAUGGAGCAUCUAUGUUUCAAGCAGAUCCUAAAAAGCCAAUUGGUGGCAACAUUAUGGCUCAUGCCUCUACAACAAGGUAAGCAUAUUGCACAUGUAUGAUGUACACGUACAGUUUCAACCAGUAUAAGGUACCCUGUGAUCAUUAAUUACAGUAUUUGAUACCUCCCAUGGAGAAUUUGUCACAGCCACCUCAGGGCUGUCAUUAAAUUUAAAAAGGAAGUAGUUGGUCAUUCAUCUAACAAAUCCUCCUAUAUUUGACUUAUUUUCAAACUUAGAGUUGCCGGCUGAUUUCACUGAAGUAGCCAGCUAAAAAAGCCAGCUGCCGGCUAGUAAUGACAGCCCUAAACAGCAUACUUGUUCUAUUAUAGUCUUGACAAAGUUUUGGAAGCAAAAUGCCUUUUUUUGGUUUCAAAAGGAUAAAAAUACAAACUUGUAUAUUGAUGGCACAAAAACAAAUGGAAAUAAGGAGAAACAUUGGAUAAUGAUAUUUAUAAAAUAAAGAAGGAAUUAUUUUUAUAGUUACAAAAAUAAUUGUAACAGAAUUUACAGUGCUACUCUACAUAUAUAUUCUGUUCAUGCUUUUAUUUCCCAGAUGAUCAAAGACAACAACAAAUCAUUCAAAAAGACUCUUAAUUUGUAAUGUAUUGUUUGCAGGUUGUACUUACGUAAAGGAAGAGGAGAAACAAGAAUCUGCAAGAUCUAUGAUUCGCCGUGCCUCCCAGAAGCAGAGGCCAUGUUUGCAAUAAAUGCCGAUGGAGUGGGUGACGCAAAGGAUUAAAUACAUCAGAGAGCAAAUGAAACUAUAAAUAAUUUACUACAACUGAAAGUGAACAUACAUGUAUUGUACUUUAGAUGAAUUAUAAGGAAACAAGAAUGCCAAGGUUGCCUUUUGUUUGGAUUUUUGCCUGUUAACAAGUUUUGUGUAGCAUCGGCCGCCCAUUAUACACUUUUCCAGCUGAAGGCUAACUUUAGUAGGAUGUAUGUUAAGGCUUAGCAAAAGAAACAGUGUUAAAAAUUGUAUUGAAAGUGCACAGGGCAGGAUGACACUGUACACUCUCUUUCCUUGAGUAAGAGCCCAUGCUCUCUAAUAAGUGCCUUCCACUGGAUAAACCCCACCCACUCGCCAAUACGAACUGAUAAGCACCCCAGAGUACAGUAAAGUUCCGAAAGUAACAACCCUCAUUGCUUUUGUAUUUUGUAUUUUGUAUUUUUUUCGCAAAAAGGGAAAUUAGUUUUGAGGUCUCUACUUUCGGAGGGUAAUUAUUUUCUGGGGGAUUGCUACUUUUGGGAUUUGUGAAUGCCUGUGACAUUUUAUCACUACUUUCGGAAGUUCCCUACUUUUAAGGGGUCGUUACUUCUGGAACUUUAUGGUACAUUAAUAGAAGAACAAGGUUGAUGACUAAACUGAAUUAACUAUUCUUUGUAUUCAUACUGCUUGUUUGUUUUGCCAAAAAUGAACAUAAGUAAUCAUGUCCAUAAAUAGAUGGUUCAUGUA